GGCAAACAGGAGAACACAGAAGGGCUAAUGUCAUUUCUAAACGCUUUAACUCGGAGCCAGAGCUGCGGAGCGCACAGAUCUGGAGAGCGUCCUUUCCUCCCUUCCCUGCGCACAACCAUGCUCUAAAACUUACCAUAGAUUUUAUUUUUAUUUUUUAUUUUUAUUUCGCAAUUUGAGCCACACGAAGUUGUGUUUUUGAGAUUUGCACCUACCCAGAUGCAAGUGCUACUUUCAAUCUAACAAACGGGAUAUCUCGUUGGAUCUCUGGCUGACGUUUGUGAGAGCGGCCUUGUGUGAUGAACCUGGAGUGCAUCGACAGAGGGGAGCGCCCUGCACCUCGCGGCCCUGAUAUGGACUCUCACAUUGGGGGAAAGAUGGGCAAGAUGUCAGUGGGCUUUCAAAGGAGCUCUACGUCGGAUGACGAUUCUGGAUGUGCUUUGGAGGAAUACUCUUGGGUCCCACCGGGACUAAGACCAGAACAGAUCCAAAUGUAUUUUUCAUGUCUACCUGAAGAGAAAGUGCCAUAUGUGAACAGUCCUGGAGAGAAACAUAGGAUUCGACAGCUCCUGUACCAACUGCCACCACAUGAUAAUGAGGUGCGUUACUGCCACUCUCUGACUGAGGAGGAGAAGCGUGAACUGCAGAUGUUCAGCUCUCAAAGAAAGAGGGAGGCACUGGGCAGAGGAACACCCAAGAUCCUGCCUCGAGCACUCCAGCACACCCGCUGCGAACAUUGUGGUGGAGGUAUAAAUGGAGGAGAGAUGGCAAUUUUUGCCUCAAGGGCAGGGCCAAGCCCCUGCUGGCACCCAGCAUGCUUUGUGUGCGAAACCUGUCAAGAGCUUCUUGUGGAUUUGAUCUAUUUCUACCAAAAUGGAAAGAUCUUAUGUGGAAGACAUCAUGCUGAGCUUCUUAAACCACGAUGCUCAUCAUGUGAUGAGAUCAUCUUAGCCGAUGAGUGCACUGAGGCUGAGGGGCGGCAUUGGCACAUGAAGCACUUUGCCUGCUUCGAGUGCGAGACAAUGCUCGGUGGACAGCGCUACAUCAUGAAGGAUGGGCGGCCCUACUGCUGCGGCUGUUUUGAGUCUUUAUAUGCAGAGUACUGUGAAGCGUGUGGAGAAAAUAUAGGUGUGGACCACGCCCAGAUGACCUAUGAAGGAGUACACUGGCAUGCCACAGAUCAGUGCUUCUGUUGUGCCCAGUGUAAAACCUCUUUAUUGGGAUGUCCAUUCCUGCCUAAAGAGGGUCGCAUCUACUGCUCAAAGGCUUGCAGUCAAGGUGAAGACAUUCAUGCUUCAGACUCUUCGGACUCUGCCUUCCAAUCGGCCCGCUCACGUGAGUCCCGCCGCAGCGUGCGAAUGGGGAAGAGCAGCCGGCCCUCUGAACAGUGGAGACAGUCUGAGCUCUUUCACACCAAAGCUUCUGCUCCCGCUUUUGACUACGAGGGGGAGGGAACAACAGACAGGGACAUUGAUAUUAUGGGUCGUAAACUGUCUGCAUUGGGGCUAGAAGAAGAGAGGUUUUGGAGGGAUCGUGAGGAACAGGAUGUCGGAGGUGAAGAAGAUCCUGAGGAGUGGGCUCAGCAUGAGGACUACAUGACCCAGCUCUUGCUAAAAUUUGGAGACCGCGGAUUACAACAGCAACUUCAACAACCAUCCCUAAAAUCUCCCAGCCCUAGUAUUGAGAGAACUAGGUUAAAUAGUAUUUCCGACCCGUGGCUAAAACCUGAUGCUACAUCUUUAGGCAUUAGUGCCUCAUCUCCAACCCCUACAAGCCCCACACAGAGCCAUGCCUCAAACCAGUCCAGAGCCCUCAGCCCUGGACUCAUGAGCAAGAAAAAUCUGCCCGAAAUGUACUGGGCACAGUCUCAAGACGGGAUGGGUGAUUCUGCAUAUGGGAGUCAUCCAGGGCCUGCCAGUGCGCGGAAAAUCCAAGAGCUGGAGCUGGAUGAGGAGCAGGACCAAACCAGAUCUGGAAAGGUGUUUUGGCCAGACUCCAGACAGUGGUAUGAAGACUCCCUGGAGUGUAUCGCAGAUGAACUGAGGAAGGUCCAGCAGGGUGUAGGCGACUCCAUGGAUUCCCUAGCGCUUUCCAACAUCACCGGUGCUUCAGUGGAUGCAGAAGGAAGAGACAGGCCAGUGCGGUAUUCUCUUCAAGCCAUCCAGGAUAACCUGUUGAUGCCAGAUGACUGUGAGAAGAUGAGCAACAUGGGAACCUUCAAUUCCUCUCAUCUUAAUCACAGUAACAAUUCGCUCAACCUGAACCUGGAGAAAGUCACUGCAGAUGAAGAAGUGGCAAUGGCGAUGAGAGGAGCCCUGUCUCCCCGCUCUGAGGUCCUAUCUCCUUCAUUUGUUCAUGCUCCAGCACUCAGGAGGAGCAAGUCUCAGUCCAGGCCUCCUCAGGUGGUCACCUUUUCUGAGGACACUGUGGAUAAUGGAUAUGAGUAUGAUGUCAACAUUAGGAAACAUCCCAUGAGUGAGAGGCCUCAACGAAGGAUGUAUCGCACUGAUGAAAUGAGCCGAGAAAGAAACCGUCCAACCAGCCACCAUGGACGCAGCAAACAGCACCGACCAGGCAGACACCACAAGAGCCGCAAAACCCGCUCAGACAAUGCCCUUCACAUGGUGCCACUGGAUAAAGCACAAAGAUACUUUGACCCUCAACAGCAACUGGCAGACCCCCGGCAUGGGGGGAUGUUGGUGCAGCACCCCUCACAAAGGUUGCCCCUGGCCUUCUCCCAAACACAGUCGGACUACAUGCUUCAGGGACACUCAAAAGGAGACCAGCGGACUGAACACUUUAUGGGACUCUAUAGAGAGGAUGAAGAUGACUGGUGCUCUACAUGCUCUUCUUCUUCAGACUCAGACUCUGAGGAAGAGGGAUAUUUCCUGGGACAACCAAUCCCCCAGCCCCGUCCUGCGGGGAGAUACUAUGCAGAGGACUAUCCCACAAGAGUAACAGCCCUGUCUCCACAGAGCCACGGCUCACAUAGCCACCGGAGAAAGAGUCAUCGGUCUAAAAACUGCAUCAUUUCCUAACAGCUUAGACUGCAUUGCACUCCAUAGUAAAUAGACAAUUGUCUGAGCAACUGCUUUACACAGUUCUAAUGUGUGUUUAUUAUAAGCUCAUUUGUGUUACUGCUUUAAGAAAUUUUGCUUAUCACAUGUUGGUCCAGAUCUACUGACUGAUGGAAAUAGCAUCUGGACAUUGUAAAUUUGUAUAGAUAAUGGGAUUUAUUGAAUUUUAGCACUACAUGGACAGGUAUUUUAGGAAACCUGGCAAAGUGAAGACAUUUUUCAUUUCAGUAUUUUGUUUAUUCUACAAAUCUGUGCUGUGUAAUCAUAUUUUAAAGCAAUAUACUUGCUUAUAUUAAGGAAACACAAUUUUCCACAAAUGUAGAAAACUAUACUAUAAAAACUAACCAAUUAUUUAAUGAAUAACGGAACAAACUGAAAAUGUACAUAGUAAGUUAAAAGUUUGAAUACGAGUAUUUUUGUAUGUGUGGUAAAAAAAAACAAAAAAAUAAACAAAAAACAAACUCAUUAUUACCAAUAAAACAUCAACAGUCAUGAUUAAUGCCAUGAUAAUUAGAACACUGAUGUGCAUAACCAAUUUUAGUAAUUUUCCAUGUUCUUCCCAGUUUCACUCCCUUUGCUUUGCCAUAAACUUGCUAAUAGCUUUGUGAUGUAAGGAUGCUUGUAAUAAAUAUUUUUUGACUCA